AUGGAAGGUAGUGUUGUUGAGAAAAGCAUCAAUAUCCAAUGUACAGCAAUAUUCGGUGAAAACCAUGAUAGAGGUGAGAAAGUGUUAUUUUGGAGCAAUUGUCGCGUAAUGAAGGAGUGGAGGGAAGCGAAAAUUUCACGUGUAAUUUUAUUUACUCUAAAAGAAACAGCGCUUUGGUCAGUAAUCUUAACUUCAACUACAACAUCCCGCAUUUACUUCAUCGUUAUGCUACUUUCUACUGCAGCUACUGUAAGUGCUGUGUUAUUAACAACUGAUCAACAGCGACAAGAACAAGAUGAAGCUGCUAUUUGUGCAAAAACUGAUCUCUCACCAGCAUCAGAAAAUCAACUAUUGGGUUGUAUAAGUUAUUAUCGUUUAUUGCUACAAAAAGUAACUGAUGAAUUGGCGCGAAUAUCACAUCGGAAACGCUUUUCUCCUGUUUCCGCUUCACUGCCAAAUCGUGAAUCGGCAUUUCUCCUUAAACGUCUCAAUGCAAUACGCAUGGCACAUGAAGAACAAAUACUAAAUCGUUCAAACAGCGGAGCAAGUAAUGAGGAAAUGCACCAGAAACGGCGUAGACCAUUUGUUCCCCGAAAAAACAAUACCAUUGAAGAAUGCCGUCAAUUAUCGCAGCAAGAAUUAGUUGUGGAAUUAAAGCAGAAAGGAACUUAUAAUCCUGAUUUGAUGGCUUGGGAUGCAUCUGGAAUUAUUCGUUUUCUUGAUCGUUCUAUCGGUGAUCAGUAUGAAAGACAGUCGAAAAUCCGUCCAAGUGCAGAGGAAACUACGGAACGUAAUGUGGAAGCAUUAGAGCGGAUAUUGUCUGAAUUGAAUGUUAAGUGUGAUUUACGUUCGCCCUCUGUGAUUUCACGACUGCAAAACUUGACAUCGAUAGAGAGUCGACGAACAAUUAUCUCACCAUCAAUACGUACAAUGGAUUCAGAGCUGGUCCGCAAUAAACGUGAAACUGCUGAGAGGGUUAUUGAUUCGCUAAUAGCUUCUGGAGCAGUUGAUCCAUUUUCCAAAACUCAUUCAACAAUACGCAAACGUCAAAAACUUAUCGGAGAUGUGCAUGUGAUACCAUUUGGAUGUGAUAAACGUGGUGGCGAAGAAGACGGUUAUCUAAGAUUAUGCGGUGCUUGUCAAGCAAUUCGUCGGUUACCAGACACAUUUUUCCCCCCGUUCAUUAAUGAAGUUAUGUGUGAUAACGACAAAGCUUGCCUUUAUUUCUAUGAUUUUCCUCAUGGAAAAUGUAAGCAAAAACAUAUGAAUUUUGUUGUAUUAAGAAAUGUUGGUACAGACGAUUGCCAAAUUUGGCAAAAAUUCAACCUUAAUGUACGAGUUUCUUGCGAAUGCUUUGUUGAUGAGAUGUCAUUCUUUGCGAAAUAUUCUCAUAUAAUGCUGGAAAUUGUGCAAAAUUUCAAGUUAUAA